UGUUUUCUCGUCUCUUUCACAAUUUCCAUCACAAAUUCAAAUCGUACAGAAUUGAAAUUUCAUUUUGAGUAAGGAAUUAAAAAUCAUUUUUCCUACCCCUCCUAUUUGCCCAAAUGAAGACAAACCAAAAUGUCUAUAUAUACACACCUACAUGCAUGAUGCAUCCCAUCCAUUCUUCACUCACAAUUCAACAAACUAAAAUGGCUUCCACUUCUCUAAAUUUCCCUUCUCCACAACUCCAUGUCCCAUCACCAAGAUCACCACCAAUGACAUCCACCCGCCGUCACAUCGUCCGUCCGAUCUCCGCCACGACCACACAACCACCACCAUCUCCGACAAAACCUCCCACCAAACUUCCGGUCCGAAAAAUCCCGGGAGACUACGGCCUUCCCAUAAUCGGACCGAUCAAAGACCGGCUCGACUACUUCUACAACCAAGGCAAAGACGAGUUUUUCAAGUCCAGAAUCCAGAAAUACCAAUCGACGGUCUUCAAAACCAACAUGCCACCUGGCCCUCUCAUCUCCUCCGACCCUAACGUCGUCGCUCUCCUCGACGGCAAGAGCUUCCCCGCCCUCUUCGACGUCUCUAAAGUUGAAAAACGAGACCUCUUCACCGGAACCUACAUGCCCUCGACAAAGCUCACUGGGGGCUACCGAAUCCUCUCUUACCUCGACCCAUCCGAACCCAUGCACGCCAAGUUGAAACAACUCCUGUUCUCUCUCCUCAAGUCGAGGAGAGAGAACAUCAUACCGGAAUUCCACACGAGCUAUACGAAACUCUUCGAUACCGUGGAGAGCGAAUUAGCAUCCAAAGGGAAGGCAAGUUUUGGGGACGCGAACGAUCAAGCCGCUUUCAAUUUCCUCGCUAAGGCGUUAUACGGGGUAAAUCCUGCUGAAACCAAACUCGGAUCUGAUGGUCCGAAUUUGAUCACCAUAUGGGUGUUUUUUCAAUUGGGACCCAUUUUGACCGUCGGCUUGCCCAAAUUCAUUGAAGAGAUUUUCCUCCACACCUUCUCAAUCCCUCCGUUUCUAAUAAAAUCCGGUUACAAGAGAUUGUACGAGUUUUUCCACGAGUCAUCGGGUUCUAUCCUCGACGAAGCAGAGAAAAUGGGAAUCUCCCGAGAAGAGGCGUGCCAUAACCUGUUAUUCGCCACGUGCUUUAACUCCUUUGGAGGCAUGAAGAUCUUCUUCCCCAGCGUACUAAAAUGGGUCGGUCAAUCCGGAGUCCAACUCCAUGAAAAAUUAGCCACCGAGAUCCGAUCAGCGAUCAGAUCCAACGGCGGAGAAGUGACGAUGGCUGCAAUGGAACAGAUGCCCUUGAUGAAAUCCGUGGUCUACGAGUCGCUCCGUAUCGACCCUCCCGUACCAUUCCAGUAUGGGAAGGCGAAGAGGGAUUUCACGGUGGAAUCACAUGAUGCCGUGUUUGAGGUGAAACAAGGCGACAUGUUGUUCGGGUACCAGCCGUUCGCGACGAAGGACCCGGUCAUAUUCGAGCGACCCGAGGAGUUCUUGCCGGGUAGGUUCUUGGGGGAGGAGGGGGAGAGGCUGUUGAGGCACGUGCUGUGGUCGAACGGGCCGGAGACAGAGAGCCCGACGUUGGGGAACAAGCAGUGUGCCGGGAAGGAUUUUGUGGUGAUGGUGUCGAGGCUUUUGGUGGUGGAGAUUUUCAGACGGUACGAUUCGUUUGAGGUCGAGGUUGGUUCUUCCGUUAAUUUAACGGCGUUGAAGAAAGCUACGUUCUAAAUCAGGUCUUGGAUUACCGUUGCAUGAUAUCCAAUGGUUACGGAUAAUACUUUUAUUUAUUUUGUAUGAUUUUUUUUUUUUUGGUUUACUAUUUUUGUGUUUUGAUAGAUUAUUCCAACUGUACCUAUCAUCUCACAGGAUCACGUUUUUUAUUUAUUUGUAAAAUAUUGUUCCUCACAUAACCGAACAAAUAUUGAUAUUUUUGUUUUAGAAAGCAAACAGUGAAUAUAAUAUUGUUAAACAUAA